AUGCACUGGGAGUGGAAAAAUUAUCCACGUGCAUGGAAAGGAAUGUAUCAAGGGAGAAGUAAAACAUCGACUAUAAUCUUAGAGGUUGUUGCUUCACAAGACUUGUGGAUAUGGCAUGCUUUCUUUGGUACACCAGGUUCUUGUAAUGAUAUAAAUGUCCUCCAGCGGUUGCCGGUGUUCUCUGAUAUUUGUGAGGGUAGAGCUCCAGAUGUUAGCUUCAAUGUCAACAGAAAUACAUACAAUAUGGGAUAUUAUCUUACCGACGGUAUCUAUCCAAAAUGGGCAACAUUUAUCCCAGCAAUCAAACAUCCACAAACCGAACUCGAGGUGAUUCUGGGGUGGGAACUUCUGGUCAAAGAAUCCCCGAUUCCAACUGUGAUUGGGGAUCCAAGUGCAACUGUCCCAAUAACGAGCAUUCCUACUCCGCCGAAUAUAAAAACAAUCUUUAGUGUUUCUGAUCUGUGA